AUGGGACAAGCCGCGUCGAGAAUCUUUGAUGUGGUGCUACGUGGGUGGAACAUCGAGAAGAAGGCGGCGGCGCUAACGCAGGAAAUCAAGGAUGCCUUUGCUGCUGGAACCAUCUUUGAUGUUUUCAAGCUCCUGGGCGACAGUGGAGUUACUCCCAGCAACAUCAUGGAGGGCCUGCAGAUAGUCAAGAUGCUUUUAGACUAUGAGCAAGAGUCUGAGACCGUUGACGAACAUGGUCACUCAAGCACAAACAGGCGUGGCGGCCGCUUUCUUCAAAAGCUGCAUAUGCCGCAGAUCAGCUGGGCGAACUUUCUGGCAGAGCCAGCACUCAAAUCGGAGUUGCAAAGUAUUGCUCGUGCUUUGAACGCCAGCUAUGAGAAGCACCUAGCCCAAAUGCAGCAAUGUACGCGAGAGUCUCCCGAUCUGGUUUUCAAGCCUGUCAAGACAAUCUUGCUGUGGGGCCCGCCUGGCUGUGGAAAAACAUAUGCAAUGCAGCCCGACUGCUCUCUGCAAGCUUGUGCAACGUGA